AUGGAUUUCCGGCUCUCCACCUUCAGAUUAAACCAAUUCCAACACCAAACGUCUCGUCGGACGAUUGCGAUCGCUGUUCUUAUCAAUUUGGCCGUAAUUAUCAAUUACGUUGUGACUGUUUACGUUGUUAUGUGGCCUGAGGAUCAUUUCACUCGUCUUGUUGAAAACACUAUAAAACUCCAUGAUUUAGACAUAACCACUGUGACUUUUAUCGGAUUAUCCAUGAAGUACGGUAUGAACACUUUAAAUAUUGCACUAAUGCUGGAUAUGAUCGCUGUUAUGGUGCUCAUGGAGUGCAUACAUUUCUUCUGUGCGAAAAGUAUAAACAAUUUCCUCAAAAAAUCCACUAAAUCGCGUAAAUCACAAAGCAUACACCGUCAAAUGCUUAUUUUAUUGGUGGUACAGAUAGCGAUGAAUAGUGCAACCUACUCAGUUGUAAUCCAAGUGAUUUCGUUGCUAUCAUCCGUAAUGAAUAUCCUACUAAUUUUCCUCUACUUCCGUUGCCCUCUUAAAAAUAUGAAAAUCUACAAAUAUGUGUUUAUUCUUACGGCAAUUCAAGAUCUAAUAGCAUCACUGUCCAUACUGUUAACGGUUCCGAGACCAAUGUCACGUAAUUCGUAUUUGAUUUUUAUCGCCAUCGGGUUCAUGUCCAAAUUUCCUUACGGUCAAGUUUUACUCAUAAUUUUUUCCGUAAUGAUGUGCUUAUCGCUAGUUAUUCUAGCGAAUAGUUUUGUUUAUCGUUAUAUCCAUGUCUGCAAGUUACAAUAUUCCGAUAUUUACACACGAAAAGAAUAUAAAUUGAUUAUGUGUGCGGUAAACGCAUUUCUUCUAUUGAAUUGUGGUAUUGUGAUGGUGGAAUGCUUCUGGCCUAAUUAUCAUUUUCGAGAACAACUCUACAGUGAGAAAAUAAAUAUCGAUGUAAAUGCUUUGGAGGAGAAGAGUUUCUUAGGGUUCUCCAAAGAGCACUCUUUCACCAGCCUCACUGUUGUCCUUAUGAUAGACGGUUUACUAAUGAUGGUAGUAUUCUCGAUAGCAGGAAUAUAUGGAGCUUUUCGAAUUCGUUACACAUUAAAAAAGACUUCAAUGAGCGAGAAGACGAAGAAUAUGCAUCAAAAAAUGUUCCGAAUACUACUUGUACAGUGCGUUUGUCCAAUAUUAUUCCUGUACGCACCGAUAUGCGUAUGUCUUGUACGUCUUCGCGUAUCGCAGUACGACGCAAAUGUGACCGAUACGAUUGGAAUCAUUUUCUUUACGUAUCCGUUGCUUAAUCCGAUUGUAACCAUAUCUUUUGUAAAAGAUUAUCGAACUUUUGUAAUUAGUCUAGUUACGAAUAGACAGCAUAUUCGCCGCGGGACCGCUAACAGCCGUACAAUUGGAAUGGUGUUUACGACAUCGCAUUUCGAACAUACAUAG